AUGCGGAAAAUCGAGGCUGCGCGCGCAGCACCCUCGCCGAACGUUCGCCCCUCCCUUUCCACCGCCGAGCGGGCUUCGACAGCGGCGGCAGCAGCAGCGCGGGAGGAUUCCCUGCAAGCAGAAAGCCAGCGCCUCAAGAUAGCAGCAAAAAUUGGGGGGGACUCGGCCACAACGGUGAACAACUCAACCCCCGACUUUGGAUUUGGUGGCCAGAAAAGGCAGCUGGAGGAUGGAGACCAGCCGGAAAGCAAGAAGAUGGCUCCUCAACCAGAACCUUUGCCACCGCCCCCUCAACUCGGACCGAUCCACCCUCCCCCCAGGUCUACAGUGACUGAAGAGUACAGAGUACCUGAUGGCAUGGUGGGACUCAUCAUAGGCCGAGGCGGGGAGCAGAUCAACAAAAUACAGCAGGACUCUGGAUGCAAAGUACAGAUCUCGCCAGACAGCGGAGGAUUGCCGGAGCGGAGCGUCUCUCUGACAGGAUCCCCAGAAUCGGUCCAGAAGGCGAAAAUGAUGCUCGAUGACAUUGUGUCUCGAGGGCGUGGAGGGCCGCCCGGUCAAUUCCAUGACAACGCCAAUGGACAGAACGGGACAGUACAAGAAAUCAUGAUCCCGGCGGGAAAAGCCGGCCUGGUGAUCGGCAAGGGGGGGGAGACCAUCAAACAGCUGCAGGAGCGAGCGGGAGUGAAAAUGAUUUUAAUUCAGGACGGUUCACAAAACACAAAUGUAGAUAAGCCUCUUCGGAUAAUCGGCGAUCCUUACAAAGUGCAGCAAGCCUGUGAAAUGGUAAUGGACAUCUUACGAGAACGGGACCAGGGAGGCUUUGGUGAUCGAAACGAGUACGGUUCAAGGAUUGGCGGAGGAAUAGACGUCCCUGUGCCCCGGCAUUCCGUCGGCGUGGUUAUCGGGCGUAGCGGAGAGAUGAUAAAGAAAAUUCAAAACGACGCUGGGGUUCGGAUACAGUUCAAGCAAGAUGACGGGACGGGACCUGAGAAAAUUGCUCACAUUAUGGGUCCCCCGGACAGAUGUGAGCACGCCGCCAGGAUUAUCAAUGACCUCCUCCAAAGUCUCCGGAGUGGGCCACCAGGUCCCCCGGGCUCAGGGAUGCCGCCUGGAGGCCGUGGCCGUGGCCGAGGCCAGGGUAAUUGGGGGCCUCCUGGAGGAGAGAUGACCUUCUCGAUCCCCACUCACAAAUGUGGGCUGGUUAUUGGCAGAGGAGGAGAAAACGUCAAAGCCAUCAACCAGCACCGCAAAGAUCAGAUCGAGCAUGGUCCGCUCUGCCCUGUAGGACCGGGGCCUGGGCCUGGGGGCCCCCCGGGGCCAGCACCAAUGGGCCCCUUCAACCCCGGGCCUUUCAACCAAGGGCCGCCUACAGCACCUCCCCACCCAGGUGGGCCGCCGCCUCCACAGUACCCGCCCCAAGGCUGGGGGAACGCCUACCCCCAGUGGCAGCCGCCGGCCCCUCAUGACCCAAGUAAAGCGGCUGCCGCGGACCCCAACGCGGCUUGGGCGGCCUAUUAUUCGCACUACUACCAGCAGCCUCCCGGUCCGGUUCCGGGAGCACCGCCCGCCCCCACGGCGCCACCCGUGCAAGGGGAGCCACCCCAGCCGCCCCCCACCGGACAGUCGGACUACACUAAAGCAUGGGAGGAGUACUAUAAAAAGCUAGGCCAGCAGCCCCAGCAGCCCGGAGCUCCACCGCAGCAGGACUAUACGAAAGCUUGGGAAGAGUAUUAUAAGAAGCAGGCUCAGGUAGCUACAGGAGCAGCAGGGCCAGCGGCACCCCCAGGCCCUCAGCCAGACUACAGUGCGGCCUGGGCAGAAUACUACAGACAACAAGCUGCCUACUACGGACAGACGCCUGGGGCCGGGGGGCCGGUGCCACCGCCCACACAGCAGGGACAGCAGGCCAGCAGCCCCAGCAGCCCGGAGCUCCACCGCAGCAGGACUAUACGAAAGCUUGGGAAGAGUAUUAUAAGAAGCAGGGUAGCUACAGGAGCAGCAGGGCCAGCGGCACCCCCAGGCCCUCAGCCAGACUACAGUGCGGCCUGGGCAGAAUACUACAGACAACAAGCUGCCUACUACGGACAGACGCCUGGGGCCGGGGGGCCGGUGCCACCGCCCACACAGCAGGGACAGCAGGCUCAGUGAGUUGAAUGUGAACCUCCCCAUCUCUGAGAAUCUUUUUGUUUUUGGGGGGCGAGAGGUGGCCCGCUGCAGGAAGCAGCGGGGUGGGAAGGGAAGCCGGCCUGUUGCGCUGAUUCGCUGGCCUUCUCCGGGCAGACCUUGGCCGACGCCGCCUUCGCGUCUCUUUAAAAGAAGUCAGAUCCAAAUCUCCAGA